AUGGUUGAGUGGACUGCAGGUUAUGUGGCUGGUCUCAUUGCCUUUGGCAUCGUAUCAGCCCAACUUUGGUUCCCGACUGCGAUUACUUUUCUUGUUUCUAGCCAGCUUAGGGAUCGAACCACGGCUGCGACAUGGACUGUUGCGGGGAGGCUUUUGCAAAACUCCUACUGGCCAUUUCUCCUCCAAGCCGACUCGUCUAAGAACCUUGGAGUCCGUAAAUCAGUGGCACUGAUUGCAAUAGCCGUGCCUUUGAUUGCCUUCUUCGUCUCUGUUGCCGGUAUCGUGACGCCUUUAGGGUUGUAUGAACAGGACGAGACCGACAACGAAUUCACCCCCGCGUCAUUCAAUUAUGUUCGGGAUUCGAGUGCUUUUGCCCAAGGAACUUCACCUCGAGGCAACAGGACCUUUACACGGGGAUGCCACUACCGGUUGUGUCCCGCGCCAUGUCCUUACACUUCCGACACACUGACCUAUACCCGGAAUAGCAGUGGUACUUUCAGCGACACGAACACCGAAAUUAACAGUACUGUUCCUCAGAUUCUUCAUGACAUCUACAUGAGCGGAACAAAGAACCGGAGUACGACGGUAUCCAACUUCUUCGACAUUGAAUGGCGACAAGAAUCGACGUACUAUGACCUAGACCGGGAUAAUGGGAAUCUGAUCCCAGGUGGACGGUUUCGUUUCCUGGAGUCGUUCGCUCUCAACGAUAACAUUCGAGCUGUUGAGGGUCUCAUAGUCGAUGGAAAGACUGGCGGAAUUGGGUUUAGGAACCAUACCUUGCCCAUCGAUUACACCAGAGGCGCUACAUGGUCUGAAGACCUCCUCUUCCUCCAACCUGACGUCCAAUGCGUUGAUCUGAAUGUCACCGUCGAUUGGACAGCUACAACAACAUCGAGCGGAGUCAGUGGGUUUUACAUUUCGGAGAUGGUUCUGACCGACCGCGGCGGCUUUGUCAACAUGAAUACUACCGACCCGCGCAACGACUCAAGGGUCGGUAUCAAUGCGCCAGACCUCAGAAUGAGAGCAUACCAGGCAGCAUGGCUCGCAAACGGGUUGACUAUGGGUUUUAUGAACAUCACGGACAAUACCAAUAAGACGGCAGGCACCAAAGCCUACGAUCGGAUCGACUCCAAGUUGAAUCAAACGUUCAAAAUCCGCAUCCCGGACUCUAGUGUUGAGAUGCAAAAUUUCCAGAAGUUGCAAUUCAGCGACGAGUUUGGUGUCCAUAUUGGCGUGAGCGUCUUCUUCAGUGGAGACAGACUGUACGACAAUCCUUCGGGAAUCAACGAGACUUGGUUCGGAGAUGCGCAGGACUUGUGUGAGGGCUGGACCUUCAAUGCAACGCACAAGUGGCCGGAUCCCACCACCAGGCUGAAUAACACGUACGUUAUGUGUCAACUCAUGCAAGGAGUCCCUACACGAGUCGACGCCGGUCCCGCAAAUAUCUUUGACGAGGGGAGCAAAUGGUCCACGCCAGUUUAUUCAUGCGCAUCAGCUGUCAAGGCCACCAUCAAGACAGUCCACUUCUUCCACAACGGCACUAACGACGAUCUCGAAGGCUUGGUUAUCAAGGAUUUGCAAGAGAAGAAGUAUCAAGACGAGAGUGAAAUGCCUUUAUGGGGUAUGGAAGCCUCAUUCUUCACCCUUGAGCAAUUCGAACCCAUCUGGGGUCUUGUCGAUUCAGCGUUUGAAGAUUUCCAAAAUAUCAGCACCAUUCGGGCUCCGUCUUUAUAUCUACCCCAGGUGGUGGUUGACAGUCUGGGUGCUAUGACACCAAUCAGGAAUCUCCCUGGAGCAAUCUUGCCUGUCGCCGCGUAUAAAACCAUACGCCUGAACGCAGGCUCAAUUUGGACAGGCAUAGACUACACGGCUGAGGGCAGUAUGAGUCUUUGGAUGCGGUGGAAAGAACUUUCGAAUUCGGCAACAACGAUGCCUAAGAUCAUUCAAUUCCUGUGGACUGACAUUGCUGCAUCGGCUCUUGUUGGGUCCAAGGGUGUUCUUGGGUCCCGCAACAUGGAGCCAGACCAAGCAGCGACCAUCAACAUACACCCGACUGUCCACAGGGUAAAGUACCGCUGGCCGUUUGCCAUUCCGGCAUUCAUUGUUGUCUUACUCAUCGUUCUCGUCUUCGUUGUUGUCGUGCUAUCAGUUGCAUUCGGCAACGCCAGCUUAGGCGGGAUGAAGCAGAAUCUCAAGCAGGUUUCAGUCGGACGUGUACUAACGAGCGUCUUUCAUCCUCAAUCGAGUGACCUUGCUAUGGAACCAGUAGUUUGGAGUAAAGGUAACGGAUCUAGACUGAUAGACAUGUCCGGAGGGCAUCCAAGACCAGAUACAGAAGACGACUAG